AUGUCCCGGAUGCCGCGCAUCUGGCACAUGUACGCCUCGGCGCUCCUGGACCAGCGCCUGCUCACCCGCGCCCGCCAAGCCCUCGAUCGCGCGCUCCACGCCCUGCCCGUCACGCAGCACCACCGUGUGUGGCCGCUCGUCCUCCGCCUUGCCUACAUCUCGGACUGCCCCGCCGUGACCGCUGUCCGCCUCCGCCGCCGCUACCUCCAGUUCGACCCGGUGUAUGCCGAGGAGUUCAUCGCCUAUCUCGUCUCGGCAGGCAGGUUUCGGGAGGUGGCCGAACAGCUCGCCGCGGCCAUCAGUGACGAUGGCUUCUGCUCGGCCAAGGGCACGACCAAGCGCCAGCUCCUGCUCGACCUAUGCGACCUCGUCGCCAAACACCCCGAUGACGUCGCCGGGAUGCCCGUGGAAGCCAUCCUCCGCAGCGCCGUCUGCAAGUUCCCUGAGGAGUACGGCGUGCUGUGGACAACUCUAGCGGGCCACUACGUGCGGAAGGGCAUCCACAACAAGACGAGAGACGUGCUCGAGGAGGCCACCGUCGCCGCGACGACAGUCAAGGACUUCAGGCUGGUCUUUGAGUAUGUCCUACCUGCACUUCGAGCAUGCCGCGGUUGCCGUGGAGCUUGA